GCUGAAUUUCGAUAUUCAAGGGAUGCAGUGAACGUGAAACGCGUGUUGUGCUGCAUUUUGUGUGUUUUUUAGCACAAAUUCUGAACGAAGCUAUUUAAAACUUAAAAGAAAAGACGAACAAAGAGCUUUGAAAAUGGUAGCUGAUAAGGAAAAUAUAGCAAAUGCUGGCGCCGCAGUUGAAGGCGAGGCGACUUCAAAAAAAGGAGCCAAAAAACAAGCGAAAGAGGCUUUAAAAGCCGAAAAGAAAGCUGAGCAGAAGGCCGCAAGUUUGGCUAACACUGGCGAGGAGACUGGCGAUGCUGUCGAUGUGUCAGCCGACCGCUAUGGUUCUGCAGGACUUAUUCAAUCAAAAGAGAAAUUUGAGGAUCGCAAAUUUGUAGCGGUUAAUAAGCUAGCCGAGCAAGUAAGCAAAGAAGAACUUGUGUGGGUACGCGGACGUGUGCAUACCUCCCGUUCGAAAGGCAAGCAAUGUUUCUUGGUGCUACGUCAGCAGAGCAGUACGGUGCAAGGUAUUUUGGCUGUGGGUGAACGUAUUUCCAAACAAAUGGUGAAAUUCGCCGGCAACGUGAGUAAAGAGAGCAUAAUAGAUGUCCAAGCGAAAAUCGUUUCCGUGCCAAAUAAGAUAGAGUCUUGUACCGAACAAACAAUUGAAUUGAGUAUCGAACAACUCUUCGUAGUGUCGCUGGCCAAACCGCAAUUACCGCUGCAAAUUGAAGAUGCCUCCCGCCCCGACAACCCUGAUGACCCUGAAGGUCUUAACAUUCGUGUGAAUCAAGAUACUCGUUUGGAUAAUCGCGUUUUGGAUUUACGCACUCCAGCAAAUCAGGCAAUUUUCCGUUUGGAGGCAGGGGUAUGCCGUUUAUUCCGUGAUAUUUUAACUGCAAAAGGAUUUACGGAAAUACAUACACCGAAAAUAAUAUCUGCCGCCAGUGAAGGUGGUGCAAACGUGUUUACUGUCAGCUACUUCAAGGAUUCCGCAUACUUGGCACAAUCGCCCCAACUAUACAAACAAAUGGCAAUUGCCGCUGACUUCGAUAAAGUUUAUACAGUCGGGGCAGUUUUUCGUGCGGAAGAUUCCAAUACUCAUCGCCACUUGACGGAAUUUGUUGGGCUGGAUUUGGAAAUGGCUUUCAAAUAUCAUUACCAUGAAGUGUUACAUACUAUAGCCGAUACACUUACGGAGAUUUUCAAGGGUUUACGCGACAAUUACAGUCGUGAGAUUGCGGCGGUAAAUCAACAAUUCAAAGCUGAUCAAUUCAAGUUCCUCGAACCGCCACUGAUAUUGGAAUUCGCAGAGGGUGUGAAAAUGUUGCGUGAAGCUGGUGUAGAAACGGGCGAUGAAGAAGAUUUGUCAACACCCAAUGAAAAGUUGUUGGGUAGACUUGUAAAAGCUAAAUACGAUACCGAUUUUUAUGUUUUGGAUAAAUUUCCACUUGCGAUACGACCCUUUUAUACGAUGCCGGAUCCUAACAACCCCAUUUACUCAAACUCAUACGAUAUGUUCAUGCGUGGUGAGGAGAUAAUCUCUGGCGCGCAGCGUAUACAUGAUCCCGAUUUUCUAACUGAACGCGCCAAACAUCAUGGAAUUGAUGUAUCAAAGAUAGCCGCAUAUAUCGAAUCGUUCCGUUUCGGCUGCCCACCACAUGCAGGCGGUGGCAUAGGUAUGGAACGUGUUGUUAUGCUUUAUCUGGGGCUCGAUAAUAUUCGAAAAACAUCAAUGUUCCCACGUGACCCUAAAAGAUUAACGCCUUAAGGUGUUUGGUGCUGGAUUAA